UGCAAGUAUUUUAGAUUGUUUUAAGUUGUGUUAAAUUAAACUGACUUCUUUCUAUUGAAAUGACAUGAUGUAAAAGCAUGAUGUGAGAAAUUUUUGAAGUUCGGAACCUGAUUUGUGACGUCAUCCUUAAAAUGGAGCGCUCAUUGAUGAUUAUCGGCAUCUUCUCAAUGACAGCUAAUCAGCUCGGGCGAUGCUGCAAGAAGAAAGAGGUUAUCGCUUCCUACACCAAAACCUGGCUUUCGAAAAACCAAAGAUUUUUAAACAUUGAGUGUCUACUCAGCACAAGACUAGAAAACAUGGAGUACUUAACGCUGCAGACAAUUCCUCCCCACACAUCUGAAGUGCAAGAAGUUUUAAAACUACGGUGCUGGGCCAACAAUCAUUUAGUUACAGUGACUCAAAAGUUGAAUGGAACUUUUAAAUUCACCGUUCCUUUUGCUAAACCUUUUAAAAUCCUCUUUACCAGUGAGGACUUUGCCCACCGUGACUUAGGCAGGUACAGAUGUGUUCUCUCUGGGCGGAACUUGAGCUCCCAUUCUGAUGACGUCACCACUGACUGGUACAAAACGCUUCAGUGACGUCACCGGUGAUGACAGACCUGACCGGAACAGUCAACUAGCGUCGACGAAUACAGCGUCUACAUGUUUGAGAUGGAGUUGUUUUUUAAUUUUUAAUUUUGUGUUUGUUUGUUUGUUUGUUUGUUUAUUCUUACUACAGCUUUUAAAUACCUUCGUGACCAGUAAUAUACCCACUUCUUUUUUAAAAAUUUGUGACAAAUGAGGUAAGAUGCUGUUAUGAUGAACAGCGCUCGUUAUGCCUUGUAAAGCGCAAGAGUCAUAAUGACAAAUGUUGCGAGAUUAAUUUUGCUUGUUUCCGGUGUUCUAUUCUUACAAAACGUGCUUUGAAAAACUAAUUGAAGAUUCAAAUUCAGCGAUACUUUUUCCCUACGAAAAAACAAAUCUUUUGCUUUUUAAGAGGUAGUUUUUUUGUACAUUAUGUAUUUGCACACCACGUCUAAGAAAGGGCUAUCGACCUCAGUAUAUAGCGCCACGCUUCGAUCUUGGAGAUCCAACACUUUGGAUCAGUGGAACACAAACUGAUCCUGCACAAGGUAGGUCUAGACGGGAUGUAGCAUGUUUGGAUAUGGUGCAUUAAGCACUGAGUCAAUUUCUUGAUGGAACGUCUUUGACCUAGCAUUAUUUGGGGGAGAUUUCCAGGUGCUACACUCAUUUGUUUCGCUUGGAUUGGAAACUGUCUUUAAAAUAGAAGGUUCCGUCACUUAUUAUACUCUUUCUGUGCCGAAAGGAGGGGGGGGGGUAACUCCAUGCAUGUAUUAUUAUGCAACAGCUAAUCAACAGUAAUUAGUCUUGUAAACACGAAUAUAUCAUUUUGAAGUUGGAGCACCAUGCUCU